UCGGCGGGAGGACGCGGCGCAGUGCAUUCUGGGUUGGCGUAGCCAUGGCGGCUCGUGUCCUUUCCGCCUGUGUCCGUCGCCUGCCCACGGCCUUCGCGCCGCUACCCCGGCUUCCCACACUGGCCUUGGCCCGGCCGCUCAGCACCACUCUCUGCUCUGAGGGAACCCGGAGGAGGCCCGGGACUCUGCAGCCCGUCUUGGCGCUCACGCAGGCGCCUGGAAGGGUCACACACUUGUGCCGCCAAUACAGUGACGCACCCCCUUUGACGUUAGAGGGAAUCAAGGACAGAGUGCUGUAUGUCUUGAAACUCUACGACAAGAUUGACCCAGAAAAGCUUUCAGUAAAUUCUCAUUUUAUGAAGGACCUGGGCUUAGACAGUUUGGACCAAGUGGAGAUUAUUAUGGCCAUGGAGGACGAAUUUGGGUUUGAAAUUCCUGAUAUAGAUGCAGAGAAGUUAAUGUGUCCACAAGAAAUCGUAGAUUACAUUGCAGAUAAGAAGGACGUAUAUGAAUAAAGUAUAAGAGCCUUCUUCCUCACCAGAAGGACUCCAGGAACACCCGAUGGCAUCAUGGCUGACUGACAGCGGCUCUGUUGGACUUGUAUUUAAAUUGUCUGAGUGUUUUACCCUUUAAAAAUAAAUCUAUUAUAAAACUAA